CCGCGGGCCAGCGAUGAUCCCUCCGAGAGGCGCCCGCGAGGACGGCGGCGGGGACCGGCUGCCCGAGGAGGAAGCGGCGGGCACCCAGCAGCCACCCUCUCCAGCGUCCACCAGCAGCCUGGAAUCCAAGACCAAGAGCUUACGGAGCAAAAGCGCUGACAACUUCUUCCCGCGAGCCAACAGCGAUGCGAAGCUGCAAGCAGAUGCGCCGGCUGGGGGCAGCCCGGGCCCCAGCCCACUGCCCGCUCCUGGAAGCCUGGUGUCCACCCCCACCAGGGCCGGCUUGCACCCCGGCAGCGGCAAGGCCCACGCCUUCCAGGAACAUGUCUUCAAGAAGCCCACCUUCUGUGACGUCUGCAACCACAUGAUAGUGGGAACAAAUGCCAAGCACGGACUGCGCUGCCGCGCCUGCAAGAUGGGCGUCCACCACAAGUGUGUGGACGGCCUCGCUCCCCAGCGGUGCAUGGGCAAGCUGCCCAAGGGCUUCCGACGUUACUACAGCUCCCCCUUGCUCAUUCACGAACAGUUCGGGUGCAUUAAAGAAGUCAUGCCCAUCGCUUGUGGAAACAAGGUGGACCCCGUCUACGAGACGCUGCGCUUCGGCACGUCGCUGGCCCAGAGGACCAAGAAGAGCAGCUCCGGCAGCGGCUCCGACUCGCCCCGCAGAACCUCGACUUCAGAUCUCGUGGAGGUUCCUGAAGAAGCUGAUGGGCCAGGAGACGCGUCUGACCUAAGAACACGCAGCAACAGUGUGUUCACAUAUCCAGAAAACGGCACUGAUGACUUCAGAGACCAAACAAAGACCACAAACCACCAGCUCUCUGCGGAAGUCACAGAAGACAGAUCAAGAGGGAGUUCUCAGGUCAAACUGCUAGACAUCACCCAAGGAUCUCUUUCCAAAGACCCAUUACAGAUGAACACCUAUGUUGCCUUGUACAAAUUUGUACCACAGGAGAAUGAGGACUUGGAGAUGAGGCCAGGAGACAUGAUUACUCUUCUAGAAGAUUCCAAUGAAGAUUGGUGGAAAGGAAAAAUUCAGGACAGGAUUGGUUUCUUUCCAGCGAACUUUGUUCAGAGAGUAGAACAACAUGAGAAGAUUUUUAGGUGUGUUAGAACCUUCAUCGGCUGCAAGGACCAGGGACAGAUAACACUGAAAGAAAACCAGAUCUGUGUGACUUCUGAAGAAGAGCAAGAUGGCUUCAUCAGAGUCCUCAGCGGGAAGAAGAGAGGCCUGGUCCCACUGGAUGUCCUGGAAAACGUAUGACUGUGGGGACCCCCUCUGCCUGCAGUAGGCCACCUCUGCUGAGAUCACUGUGCCCACCCAGAGGAGCUGCCGCACUGACCAGCCCCCAGGAAACAAGGAGACUAGACUGGAGGAUCUGAGAAUACAGUAGCAUCCUCAAAGCGGGCCCACCGCACCACGUGUUCAGGCUGCCCAAGGCAGGGCCCAGCCGACAGCGGCAGCGGGGAGCUGUGGGCAGCUGGCAGAGGCGGCAGGGCUUAAGCCUCAGCUGCCCCAGGACUCAGUUCCCUCCCUUUCUACACGUGCCAGGCUGGCAGUGUGUUCCCGGUCUCAGUGGUGUGAUCCCAGUGACAGGUUGGGAGUUGGGUAGCCAAAUGUUAUUCUAGAUUCCAGACUACUGUCCCCAGUGCUGGUCGAUCAACAUCACGUCCACUCCUGCAGAGAAUCAAGAUGGCUGACCUCUGGGUUCCUGACAUCCCGGGGCUCACACCCGGGCCCUGCUCCCAUUGAGAAUGUGCUAGUGGGAUCUCUCUUCCUUCCUCCUCAAUCCUCGGGGCACAUCUUAGUGAUGCGCAGUCCGCAGGACAGCUAAGCUGACGUGGCACCAAAUGCAGAGAUCUGACUUAUACCCUCACUUGCUAACAGGCCAUCAGCCUUGUUGCUCUGGUGACCCACAUGGGUGACAGAGACAAACAGAGGAUAGAUGGGUGAAGCUGAGAAAUGAGCCUUUAUGUAUUGAAAAUGAAGAAGCCCGUCCACCUAGGAUGAGGAGCUAGGGAAGAGCAGGUAGAACAAAACUCCAUUUUCAUUUCACAUGCUAUGUCCUAGGGCCGUUGCUUUUCCCUCGCAGGACUCCACUGUGGAGACUGAGACCAACCCCCACCCUCACCCCACCCCACCCCCACACACACCCCC